GACCUGCCUUCAAUCGUACAAACUCCGUUCGUCUCAUAUUGUGUGGGAGUGCAUCGAUCCGCUUUUCCUUCUCGACCUUCUCUUCAUUUCUUCAUGUGUUACCGGGACGGACGUAUAUAAUCAAGACCUAGAGAUUGGAGUGGGAUCUGGAUCCGAUUUGACUUGGAGUAGAUUGAAACCGAGACUGCUUCUCAUUUGAUCUUCCAUCCGGUUUCGUUUUUUUUUUUUGAUUUUGGUUUUGAUUUUACCUCGAUUCUCCCGUUUCUUCACCUCGCAUCUGCUCGGUCUCUCCACGCUCAUUUAUUCGAAAAUCCUACACAUUGAGAAAUCUGGCUGCACAAGAUUCAUCUCUCUAUCCUUGACGAGGUUACGAUACCUGCCUCAUUUGCGGCAAACGGUUGGGGGGUACAGAUAAAACAGGAUAAGAAAGAGUGGCUGGCUUCUUCUUUUAUAUCGAGAUCUAGAUCGAUAUCUUACCCAGGUAUCUUCUACCCAGCCAGGUAUCUUUCUACCCAGGUCUCUUAGAGAUCUACCUACACGGUCUCUUGAUUUCCUUCUCGGCCAACUUUUCUUUCCUUUCUUUCUUCACUCAUUUAUUUGCGCGAAAGAAUUCUUUUACAAUUGUCGCACUCGAAUGCAUCGCCGGUCUAUGAGGGUGGAGUUUGAGUAAUUAUAAAGUUUGCAAGGUUACUUUUUACCUAUCGUCAAAUUAUCGUCAGCGUCACAAUCAUGUCGAACAAGACGGAAAAUGUGAAAUGGGUUGAUGGUCUUCGAGGAAUCGCAUCCCUCCUCGUAGUAGCAACCCAUAUCGCACGAGCCUUCGAUCCCGAUCUUUUCCUCCCCAGUUCCGGCGAAGGACUUCGUCCACGUCUCCUCCAGCUUCCCAUCUUUCGCAUUCUCCCUCAAGGUCGCAUUGGGGUCACGAUUUUCUCCCUCGUCACAGGAUACGUCUGCGCUCUGAAACCCAUCCGUCAAUGCCGCGCGGGUAAUCAAACGGCAUGUUUCAAUACGAUUUCUCGUUCGGCAUUUCGACGGGUUCCGCGUCUAGUUUUGCCAACCACAAUUGCGACGACGAUUAUUUGGUUUUUGUGUCAGUUUGGAAUUUACAAGGUGGCGAAGAGAUCGGAUAGUUGGUGGAUUGAAGCGACGAGUCCGGAUAUCACGCCUUAUUUUGGGGAUGCGGUCAAGAGCUUGCUGUAUCAUUUGAUCACGACGUGGACGAGAGGAUGGAAUAUUUAUGAUGGGAAUCAGUGGACUUUGUUGCCGUUGCUGAAGGGGGCAAUGAUGGUUUAUGUUUUUAUGUUGGGGACGGCGGGGAUGAAGGCGAGAUAUAGAAUGAUGUCGAGUAUGGCAUUGUUUGUUUAUUUUUACGUGGCGAAUGAUUCUGCGUUCGGAAUGCAAUUCUUCUUUGGAACAUUUCUCUCCGAUCUCUCUCAACAUCCACCCCACAUCGACUGGCUCAAAACCGUUACGUGGCCCCGCUAUUACCUCGCCCCCUCACUUAUUGUCCUCGGUUUAAUCUUCGCUUCGUAUCCCGAAGGAAAACCCGAACUUCAAGCCUGGUCGCAAUCUCUCUACAAUCUCUCUCUCUGGAUUUUCCCUCACGAUCCUGAUGUUCCUCGUUUUUACUCGGGCCUCGGUCUCGAUCUGAUCGCGCUCGGAAUUCACUUCUCUCCGCUGUGUAAAGAUUUCCUCGCCAAUAAAUACUUACUCUGGUUUGGAAAGAAUUCGUUUGCGGUUUAUUUAAUUCAUGGCACGCUUUUGAGAACGUCGUUGAUUUGGAUGUUGUAUGGAGUUUCGAUGCCCGAGGAUUCGGUCAAUGAGAAGGGCGAGACUGUGAGGGGGGUGCUUCAUAUGUGUGGAAGGUUUAGGUGGUAUAGUAUGUUGUUGGUUUGGUUUGUCACGCUGUAUGCGAUGGCCAAUGCGUGGACGAAGUGGGUGGAUCCGUGGUGUGGAAAGGUGACGCAGAGGUGGGAGAGAUAUGUUUUUGAGGAGGAUGGAGCGAGAGAGGUGGUGGUGGAUGCGAGGGGGAAGAAUGAGGGGGCUGAUAAGGGAUUGUUAGGGUAAGGGAAUGGAGAAUUUGGGUUGGUGUAUUUCGGAAUUUGUAUGGUCUUAUGUGUGCUAUACAGAGCUUUGUUCUUUUUUUCUUCUUUUUUUCUCUUUCUUUUGAGAAUCUUUUUUGUUGGGGGGGAUUCAUGGUAUGAAUAUAUGGAUGGAUGGAUGGAUGUAUAUAUGUAUAUAAAGGGUAGUGAGAAUAUAAGAAGAUUAAAUAUUGA